CUCUCGAAAUCUAUUUUCCAUUCUUUAAUACACUUUAAUGGCUCUUCAAUACAACAAAUAUUUACUGAGUGCUUACCAAGUACCAGGCGCAGUGCUCAGCGCUGUGAGGGAUGCACAGAAGAGGGGCAUGUGCUAUUUUCCCUCGACGGGAUUACAGUCUAUAAACAGUGGCUGCACGCUAGGCCUCACAGCAACCUUCGCUCCACCACACCUCAACCCUGACAGCCUUUCUGUGCCAGGACAGGUUUUGCUGUCUUCUCUGAGCUACAACCCCCUAAGAAGAACCAGAACCCACGUGGGUUCUAACCCUUUGGGGCAGCUGCUUCAGACUAGGUAGGUUCAGACUUCUAGGUCCUGGGCCUCAGGUCUGGAUUGGGAAUGGGCAGACGGGUAACUGAAAGAGAUGCUGCAUGUCCCAUUUCCUGAAAGGGCCCAUAAUGAUUUUUCCAACCCAGAAACGACUACUCUCUUGUAGUCAAAGGAACCAUGGAUCAUAUUGCUGAUCAGCCAAGACAGGAGAGACCAAGCCUUCAUCUGGAAAAGCUACAGCACUGGGCAAGACACAGGCAAAGUGGAAACCUUCUGGUGCUGGCGGUAAGCCAGCUAUGGCUGGCAAUCGUUAUGGUACCCUUUACUAUCUCAGUCGCCUGCUUGAACUCUGCUUGCCACAUGGCCACAGCACUGCCAAUUUGGCCCGGAGCCUCGGGUCUCCUCACUGGAAUUAUCACCCUUGAGCUCCGGAGAGCACCUUGCUCCUGGAAGGUGCGGGCCAUGAUGAUAUCCAACACCUUCAACCUGAUCUUGGGUUUCAUCGUCCUGGUGGUAGAAGUGAUGAAGACAGCCUUGGGGCCUGCUUCUACUCCUCCUCCCCAGUUGGCAGGUUUGCUCGUGCUGGAGCUCAGUGCUGAAGCCUUCACCCUAGGGGGGGUGCUGACCUCAGCAUACGCCCUAUUCUUGCUGAGCCAGAGGAAGCCAGGAUGCUUCAGGUCAAGUCUGCAUUACCAGGAGCUGCAGGAGAGCCCUUCUGAAGUGGAGGAGGUUCCUGGUUUAGAGAAUGGUCCCAUGGUGGCUACAGGAACAGAUGAGUGAGCAGUCAAGACAGGUGCCACUGUCCUUCUCUGCCACGGGAGCAUUCUCCAGGCGCUUCAGCAUCCUGUCCCGAAGUCCUCCUCCCCAACUCAAACUAUAACUUCGACUCCCUCGAGAUAUGCAUGAAGCACGGAGGAGUGCCCUCAGUUUUCACUCAAAGCAAGCCCAUUUCUCUUCUCUUUCCCACCAGAGGAAGGUAGUAUCUGGACCAGCGACCACCCUCACCUCAUCCCGUCAGGCUGCUUCCUCCCUUACAUUCUUCGCCUUCUUCCUCCCCGCCUCUCCAGUUCACAUCUGCCUCAUCUCACUGUUUUCCUCUCUUCACCUUCCACAAUCCCAUCCAAGCUCGGGUCCUGCGCCCGCCAGCCCGGAAUCCGCGCCAGGGGUGCUCCAGUUCCCCCUCGGAUCCAGGACCUGCCUGAUCGACCGGGGACUACAAAUCCCACAAUGCCCCGCUGCCCCGUG